AUGGCGUGCAAGCUGACCCCGUCGUUCGAGCCUCGCGUCGUCGAGAAAUUCGACAAGGAUGAGAUCGCGAAGAACCUCAUCGACGUCGAUUUCGAGCCCUUCGCUCACGCCUGGGCGGCCUUGUCUAGACUCUGCAUGGCAGCGAAGGGUUUGGACAUCGCUUUCCUCGGCUCGCGCUACCCCGAGGUCAACAAGCUCACGCUCAAGUCCCUGGCCCUCGGUGGGACUUUCAUUUCGGUCGUGUCGACGUUGAGGCUCAUCCUCGUCGAGCUCCCCAGCUCCGCGAAGCAGGCUCGCACCCAGCUGUUGGAGUCGCAGCUUUCGAAGGUCCAGGCCGCCAAGAUCCCAGUCAACCUCGUUGACUACAUGGAGAAGGAGAUGAAGCAGCUCCAGGGCCCCUAA